AUGACUUCCUCAUAUACAACGAAUUUACCUUCUGAUUCGGUUCAACCUCCUCCACAAACCCUUAUCUCGUCAGCCUCCGAAUCCACGCCCCUUUUACAGUCUUCAAACAUAGUUUACGAAGAUAUUCCAUUGGGCGAUGCGCCCGACGAUAUGACAUAUGACUUGAAGGAAGCAGCGUUUAUUGUUCGAAAGUCUGUGCCUAUAGUGUUGACAUACCUUAUAGAAUUCUCGCUACAAAUUGUGUGCGUUAUCAGUUUGGGACAUUUGGGUUCGGUUGAAUUGGCCUCAUCGGCACUGGCAUCAAUGUAUGCCUCGGUCACCGGUUGGUCUGUAACGUUCGGUGCCGCUACAGCUCUCGACACCCUUUGCUCUCAAGCUUUCACCAGUGGGAACCCCAUGCUCGUUGGUGUAUAUCUGCAACGUACGAUAAUUAUUAUUUUCCUCAUCACCAUCCCUAUAGCAGCCAUAUGGUUAGAGGCAGAAUCGAUAUUGAUAUUUCUUGGACAAAGAGAAGAUUUGGCCCGAAAAGCUGGCCUCUUCCUGCGAUGCUUGUUGUUUGGAGCACCAGCUUUUAUAAUGUUUGAGUGUCUUAAGAAGUAUUUGCAGGCACAAGGAAUAGUGAAAGCCCCAACUUACAUAUUAGUAAUCGCCGCAACAUUAAAUAUAUUCUUAAACUAUAUACUUGUCUGGUAUGAACCGCUUUCUCUCGGUUUUAUUGGGGCACCCAUUGCAACCGCGACAACGUAUUGGUUUAUGUUAAUUCUGCUCGUUGGUUACAUCCGAUACUUUGAUGGGUACCAGGUAUGGGGAGGAUGGACAAAGCAAUGCCUUUCGGGUUGGGGUGAAGUUGUAAUGUUAGCUGUGCCAGGCAUUUUCAUGGUUUGUUCCGAGUGGUGGGCUUUCGAACUCGUAGCUCUAGCCGCAGGUUAUUUUGGUGAAACAGCUCUGGCAGCCCAGAGCGUGAUCCUCACUACUAGCUCGACCUUAUUCCAGUUUCCCUUUGGUGUCGCCAUUUCUGCAUCAAAUCGUGUUGGAAAUCUUCUCGGGGCAGGAUUGGUAAAGCGAGCUCAGGUUAGCUCGCGUAUGUCUAUGGCCUUGUCAGUUAUGGUUGGAGGAACAACAAUGUCAUUGUUGUUGAUGUGUAGGCAUUCUUGGGGAUAUCUGUUUACCGGGGAUAAAGAGGUUGUGGAAUUAGUAGCAUCAGUUUUACCAAUGUGCGCCGCGUUUCAGAUAAGCGAUGCACUCGGAACGGUAGGCGGUGGUAUAGUUCGCGGUCUUGGCCGUCAAAAAGUCGGCGCUACGCUUAACAUAAUUGCAUAUUACUUAAUUGGUCUUCCACUAUCCUUGGUCACAGCUUUCCUCCUUGACUGGCAACUGAUAGGUCUCUGGGCUGGUUUAACGGUUGGAUCGAUGUGUGUUGGGAUAGGAGAAUCGAUUAUGAUUAUCAAGACUAAUUGGAGGUGGGAAGCAGAAAAUGUGAGAAUAAGAUUUCUAGCGGACACAAAGGUGAAGAGGAACAAUGAGUUGAAUAGGGAAGUUGGGAAUGGACUUGACGAUGGGGUGGAGCAUGGAAGCGCGUGA